AUGCCAGCGGAAGACGGUACUCCACGUAGUUCAUAUCUAGAACAUGACUCCGAUCCCAGCAACACCAUCGAUAGGAGAGCAUCUGUGGAGAUUAUCCAAUGGGAUGAAGACGACCCGGCACAUCCUUUCAAGAGAAGUCUAAUGAGAAGAUGGCUGACUGUUGUUAUCAUAUCUCUUUGCUCACUUUGUGUUGCUUGCACAUCUUCCAUAUAUACUACGACCUACGAUCAACUUCUACAUGAAUUCCAUUGUUCACAAGAGGUUGCAACACUAGGGCUAUCACUUUUUGUCUUCGGCAUGGGGUUUGGCCCGUUAAUAUUAGGCCCUCUAUCCGAGCUAUACGGACGGAGAGUCAUCUUUCUAAGCUCCUUCACAUUCUUCCUUAUCUGGCUGGUACCAUGUGCAGUCGCGAGAAACAUACAAACGCUACUCAUUUCUCGGUUCUUCAAUGGCUUUGCAGGAAGUGCCUUCCUCAGCGUUGCUGGAGGUGCGGUUGGAGACAUGUUUCCUCGGCAUCAGCUGGCUGCUCCUAUGAUGAUAUAUACUGCAAGUCCCUUUGUUGGACCUGAGCUUGGGCCUCUAUUAGGUGGCUUUAUAAACCAGUAUACAAAUUGGCGCUGGACAUUUUAUACCUUACUGAUAUGGGCCGCCACAAUGCUAGUUUCGAUAUACUUUUGUGUGCCCGAGACCCAUCAUCCAGCACUUCUAACGAGGAAGGCACGAGAAAUCAGAAAGAAGACUGGAAAUCCAUGGCCAUUAGGACCAAGCGAGAAUAGUAACGUGCCUGUGAGCACGCUCAUCCUUCGUUCCAUCGUCCGGCCAGUCAUGCUUCUGACGUUGGAGCCCAUGUGCCUGAAUCUGUGUAUAUACUCUGCACUGCUGCUGGGCAUACUUUAUCUUUUCUUCGGCGCGUUUCAGAUGGUUUUCCAGUCUGUGUAUGGAUUCGAGUUAUGGCAGCGAGGCCUCACUUUCCUGGGCCUUCUCGUCGGAAUGGUGUUAGCCAUUCUCUCCGAUCCAUUUUGGCAUCGGAACUACAAGCGCCUUGAAAAGAAUCAUCAUAUUCAAAAUCCGGAAGCCUCCGGGUUCGAACCGGAAUGGAGACUUCCUCCAGCUAUAGCAGGGGCACCGUUAGUAACAAUCGGGCUGUUCAUAUUCUCAUGGACAAUUUACCCAGGUAUUCACUGGAUAGUGCCAAUGAUCGGAAGUGCGCUUUUCGGAGCUGGGACAAUUCUCGUUUUUUCUGGGAUUUUCACCUUCCUCGUCGAAGCCUACCCUCGUUACGCUGCCAGCGCCUUGGCGGCAAACAGUUUUACUAGAUCGACAUUUGCAGGCGCUUUCCCUCUGUUCGGGACUCAGAUGUACAAUAAAUUAGGGCUACAUUGGGCUUCGUGUCUGCUCGCGUUUCUUACUUUGGCGAUGGUGCCGUUUCCGUAA